AUGGUUUCGCGUGGUACUUUCCACGGACUGUUGUAGAAAGUUAAGACGAAUGGAAGAUUCUAUAUUCAUAGAAUGACACCUAUCAUAUAGGUAUAAAAUCAAUAGUAAUACUUAUACGAUAUAUCGUUACAUCAUUAACAAAAUUGCUACAUCAUCGAAGAUGACAAGUCACAUUUUCUCGGUUUCGUUCGAUAUACGGGGAGAAAUUUUAAAAUGCAUUACGCUGGUAAUUAGUAAUACGCUUUAAUUAAUAAUUAAUAAUACUUUAAUUAAUAAUUAAUAAUCACGUCUUUGUUCAGUCUUCAGAUUAGAUAUACGUCUAUCUCGAACAUUUUAAAAACAUUCAAAUCACAAUGCCCAAGCAUUUUUUUUAUCUACCAGACAGCAUAAAAAAUGAAAUCAAAAAUAGACAUUUUGUCACAUUUUUUCCUUGUAUGCUUCGCUCAAACUACGAAUGCUUGUACUAUCUCGUAUCUUUAUAAACACAAUUAAAAAUGUAGAUUUGUUACAAAUUAACAAGUACCAUAUCUUAUUUAUACAUUUUUGUGCAUUUCUGUGCAAAUCUUCGAAUCUCUCACAAACAUGUAAGAAAUGUCUGAAGUGUUUCUAACCACGAUACACUGCACUUGCACCUGCACUUGCACUUGCACCGCGAAAUAUGAAGUCUUACAAACACGCGUUUAGCGCGUUUAGCAACGAUUACGAAGCAAAAAAUUUUUCCAAUUUUUGUGAUUGUUGGAUCAUUGAAAUAAAAAUACACGUAUGUCAAACAUGAAAUCUGUUUGAUCGAUAUCAUUUAUUUACUCCUAUUUAUCGAAGAUUCGAAACGAUUUACUUGAAAUAUAACGAUAUAUCUCAUAACAUAUGUAUACACGUAUAUAGCACGUAGGAAAGGAAAGGAUAGAAGAGAUCAAAAGAGGUCAAAUCAGUACGAAUACAUGUUAAGUAGAAAGUGGAAAGUAUCUCUAAGGUCAAUGACCAAGGUUUAAUAACCAAGGUAUAAUGCCACCGAUUGCUCCGCGUAGCAUAUUACACCUCAAGGUCGUAUAGACGUAGAUACGAGCAUGACGUUGCCUCGACUUUCCCUCUUCCGUAUUUAAGUAUCUUUCUCCAAAAUUACAUAAUUCAGAAUUAUAUGUAAAAAUUACAUAAUUUGCGAUGUGUGUAAACAUUUUGUAUGACGUGUAUAAACGAGUAACAAGAACGAGUACAAUUAAUAAAAAAAGUUGAUUUUUUAUUCCAUUCUAAUAUGUCGUAUAUUAUCAUACGAUCGAUGACACUGUUUUGUAUUUAUCGUGUAACUCUUUUUUUUUUUAAUUCGGAAAAGAAUUAUAUUUUUAUUUCUGGUAUUUAAUUACACGUAUUGAACUGUUUAUCAAUCAUGAAUAUCACUGUAUCGUUCAAAUGAUUGCAUAACUUUUGCAAAUUUAACAAUAAAUUAUUUUCAUCAAUCGUCAUUUUAUUUCAUUACAAAGAAUCUAUUCUAAUAAUAUUCUAAUCUAUGUUAUUAUAUACCCCCUGAUUUUCAUUACAAAGAUGUAGCUGCGAUACGGAGACAAUUUCUCGGGAAUAUUGCAGUUUCUACAAUAGCUACGCGUAGUUCUACACGUAUACGAAUGUAUAAUAAUACAAAUAAAAUCGAUGUGGGAACAGAACAAGUUCAAAAAUGAGCGAUAACAACACAUCUUUGACUAAUCCUUGGGAUGCGUUAUCCACUGUGACAACAUUUGACAGAGGUAGACAUAACAUAACCUUAAAUUCUCGCGCGUUUUUGAAAUAUGUUUAAAACGCUCGUUCCGAGUCAACUAUUUUUUAUCGUCAUUUAUACUGUUUUAAUCGAUAUCGAACUUAGUAAUCAUUUUUGUAAAAAGUGUAUCGAUAUGGUUAUUUAGAUGAUAGAUCGUUCAUCACCAGGAAUGACACUUGCAAAAUUUAAAUUACUCUAAAUAAUCUCUGAUAUUUUAUCACGUUGUUUAUAUUUUUUAGGUAACGAUGCAAUAUCCACGAUAUGUUUGGAGAAUGAAAAUAAUCCGAACGAUAAGCAACUUGUGAGCAUUGUUACAACCACUAGCAGUCUUUUAAUCGAGUCGCUUAUAAAGCACCUGUGUAUAUUAUUCGAAGAUGAUUCAGUAUGCAAAAAUGAAUUAUAUUUUGCUAUUUGUAAUAAACUUCACGAAUUGAAACUUAUCGAUGGUUCUUACAAUGUGAUGGAAUUAGAAUCAUUAAGAAGUCAAUAUCAACAAGCACUGUAUCAUUUGUUUACAGUUAUACGUGGUACAAUUAGUUGCGAGAAUACACUUCAGGUUUCAAGAUCGUCAGUCGCAGAAUGGUCUAGGUAUCACAGAGAAUUUCAAGAAAUAAGCUUUAUCGCCGCUGGAGGAUUUGGGGACGUUUUUAAAGCUUUAAAUCGUCUCGAUGGCAUUGAAUAUGCCGUUAAAAAGAUAAAAGUACGUUCCGGUCGAGUUAAAAAUAUAAUGCAACAUCUCGAAGAAGUGAAAACUCUUGCCAAAUUAAAUCACACCAAUAUAGUGUCGUACAAAGGUGCAUGGAUCGAGCCUUCGAUUUUUACGCGGAACUUAGUAUCCUCGAGUCAUUUUCAAAGCAGAUUAAGUUCCAUAGAAUAUAACGAAAGAAGUGGAAACAAGUCAUACGUAAAUCGGACAUCCAGUUCACAAAGUCAACAAAGUUCAGAUACCGGAAGUAGUCAAAGUUCCAAGGAAAAUGGUAAAAAGAACAUGUUGCUACGACAUAGAAAACGAAUAAAUUGUAAAUCUGAGGAAGAAAGCGAGGAGAAAACUAGUUCAAACAGUAUAUCCUUUAGAAAUGACAGUCAACUUCAAAGUAACAAAACAAAAAGUAUUACAAAUUAUACCGACGGCAGUAAUUCGUGCGAAGAAUCCAAUAAAAAUAAGAUAGUUCUACCAUACGUACUUCGAACGAAUGAGAAAUACACAACAUUGUAUAUUCAAAUGGCUCUUUGCGAGAAAACACUUCAACAGUGGCUUGACGAAAGAAUGGAAAUUACUCCACAAGCAAUGAUUAUUGCGAUAUUAACUCAAAUUGUUCGUGGUUUGGAUUACAUACAUUCUCGCGGAAUCGUGCACCAUGACAUAAAGCCGAGCAACAUAUUUAUUUCAACAUCGGAACGGCUACAGAUACAGUUGGGAGAUUUUGGAUUAGCUUGUCCAUUAAGAAGUGAAAAUCACCAUUCCAUAAUAGGCACGCACAUGUACGCAGCGCCAGAGCAACUACGAGGAAAGUGCGAUCCUAAAAGUGACGUGUACAGCGUAGGAAUAGUAUUCCUGGAGCUAUUGAUACACACGAGAACUCGCAUGGAAAGAAUCGAAAUAAUUAAUAGUUUGAAAAGAGGACACGUGCCUACAAUGUUAGCUGCUACUCAUCCUAAAUGGGCAUACGUAGUAAGUCAGUUGAUUCAAGAAGAUCCCGGGAAACGACCAUCAACGAAUCAAUUAUUACAAGAUUUAAACGAAGAUAAAGAUACGACGAUAGCACGCUUGAAGAACGAUAUCAUCGAGAAAGACGACGUAAUAAAAAAUUUACAAGAAAGGAUAUUAGUAUUAGAACAAAUCGUUAAACACAGUACACCGUUGCAGGACGUGUAAACCGUUGUAUCGUUAAAUUGAAAAAUAGCGAACUUUUAGGAAUAGCAAGUACCGAUACUUUUGACGAAGCGAAUGACAAAAUGCUAACGGUGGCUUGUGUUCUUAUAAGAAUAUAACAAAGACAAGAGUCAUUCGUAGAAUGUGUAUUUAUCGGAUCUAUAUACAUAUAGAGUAUGUAUUUACCGAAUCGCUGUGCAUUUGUCAAAUAUAUGCAGCAUACAGAAUUGUCCUUUGACAAGGAAACGCGUCCGUACGUGUUUUAUUUUAUAUUAAAGUAAAAUAUUUAUUUUAUAUUAAAGUAAAAUAUUUGUAAAUAUUUUUAA